UUGGACCAAUGCUGACACACUUUUGGAUUGCUAGAGUAGGCGGGAUUUCCUAGUGAAUUUAGCAUUGCGGCCUCUCUCUGCUGAAGGGCACUCGUCUCAUUCUGCGUGCACAGGGGUCGAGUAUUAAAGGACCAUUAACAAUCCAUCAUGGGAGGACACGACGCAGGAACCCAGCAUCAGUUCACUGGAUUUGCAAAGUACUUCAAUGCAUACACAAUCACAGGAAGGAGGAAUUGUGUUUUGGCCACAUAUGCCAGCAUACUAGCCAUUGGCCUUUUCUUCAAAUUGAAGCCCAAGAAACAGGCCGCUGUCACAGAAAAGUGAUCAUGUGUCUAUUUUGACCAUCAUUUAUAAACAGCUGGGAGUGGAGAAAGCAGCUGGACAUGCUUGUAAUAAAAUGAGUGUUUGAUUUCCCUAUGUUAACAAUAAAGAAAAUGUAUGCCCAAAA